GAGCAUGGCGCACUGUGGCACUGUGACGGACAACCAAUGGAAGGGCUGAAGUCUAGAGGUCGCGGCUGGAGGCGUCAGUGCCGGAAGCGAGCCAGGCUGCGAACGUCCCCGCUGUGGCUUUGGCUGCCUGUCUUACUCAAGUUUUCAUUAUCUUCCUGGGCAGCUGAUUGGCACGUUAGUAAAACGCAGCAGGACUAGCUUUCUCACUUAUUAGUUCUCUAACUUUAGGCAAAUCAUUUAACGUCUGUGAUCCUCAGUGAACUUGCUUGAAACUAGCUUUCCUCAUCUGUUGAAUGAGGGUGGUAAUACCAUGAGCCCCAGGCCCACACUGAAAGCAUGUCGAUCCAGGAGAACAUAUCAUCCCUGCAGCUUCGGUCAUGGGUCUCUAAGUCCCAAAGAGACUUAGCAAAGUCCAUCCUGAUUGGGGCUCCAGGAGGGCCAGCGGGGUAUCUGCGGCGGGCCAGUGUGGCCCAACUGACCCAGGAGCUGGGCACUGCCUUCUUCCAGCAGCAGCAGCUGCCAGCUGCUAUGGCAGACACCUUCCUGGAACACCUCUGCCUACUGGACAUUGACUCUGAGCCCGUGGCUGCUCGCAGUACCAGCAUCAUUGCCACCAUCGGGCCAGCAUCUCGCUCCGUGGAGCGCCUCAAGGAGAUGAUCAAGGCCGGGAUGAACAUUGCGCGACUCAACUUCUCCCACGGCUCCCACGAGUACCAUGCUGAGUCCAUCGCCAACGUCCGGGAGGCGGUGGAGAGCUUUGCAGGUUCCCCACUCAGCUACCGGCCCGUGGCCAUCGCCCUGGACACCAAGGGACCGGAGAUCCGCACUGGGAUCCUGCAGGGGGGUCCAGAGUCGGACGUGGAGCUGGUGAAGGGCUCCCAGGUGCUGGUGACUGUGGACCCCGCGUUCCGGACGCGGGGGAACGCGAACACCGUGUGGGUGGACUACCCCAAUAUUGUCCGGGUCGUGCCGGUGGGGGGCCGCAUCUACAUUGACGACGGGCUCAUCUCCCUAGUGGUCCAGAAAAUCGGCCCAGAGGGACUGGUGACCCAAGUGGAGAACGGCGGCGUCCUGGGCAGCCGGAAAGGCGUGAACUUGCCAGGGGCCCAGGUGGACUUGCCCGGGCUGUCCGAGCAGGACGUCCGAGACCUGCGCUUCGGGGUGGAGCAUGGGGUGGACAUCGUCUUUGCCUCCUUUGUGCGGAAAGCCAACGACGUGGCUGCCGUCAGGGCUGCUCUGGGUCCGGAAGGACACGGCAUCAAGAUCAUCAGCAAAAUUGAGAACCACGAAGGCGUGAAGAGGUUUGAUGAAAUCCUGGAGGUGAGCGACGGCAUCAUGGUGGCACGGGGGGACCUAGGCAUCGAGAUCCCAGCAGAGAAGGUUUUCCUGGCUCAGAAGAUGAUGAUUGGGCGCUGCAACUUGGCGGGCAAGCCUGUUGUCUGUGCCACACAGAUGCUGGAGAGCAUGAUUACCAAGCCCCGGCCAACGAGGGCAGAGACAAGCGAUGUCGCCAAUGCUGUGCUGGAUGGGGCUGACUGCAUCAUGCUGUCAGGGGAGACUGCCAAGGGCAACUUCCCUGUGGAAGCGGUGAAGAUGCAGCAUGCGAUUGCCCGGGAGGCAGAGGCCGCAGUGUACCACCGGCAGCUGUUUGAGGAGCUACGUCGGGCAGCGCCACUAAGCCGUGAUCCCACUGAGGUCACCGCCAUUGGUGCUGUGGAGGCUGCCUUCAAGUGCUGUGCUGCUGCCAUCAUUGUGCUGACCACAACUGGCCGCUCAGCCCAGCUUCUGUCUCGGUACCGACCUCGGGCAGCAGUCAUUGCUGUCACCCGCUCUGCCCAGGCUGCCCGCCAGGUCCACUUAUGCCGAGGAGUCUUCCCCUUGCUUUACCGUGAACCUCCAGAAGCCAUCUGGGCAGAUGAUGUAGAUCGCCGGGUGCAAUUUGGCAUUGAAAGUGGAAAGCUCCGUGGCUUCCUCCGUGUUGGAGACCUGGUGAUUGUGGUGACAGGCUGGCGACCUGGCUCCGGCUACACCAACAUCAUGCGGGUGCUAAGCAUAUCCUGAGACGCCCCUCCCUCCUCUGGCCCAGCCUACCCUUGUACCCCAUCCCUUCCUCCCCAGUCUACGUUCUCCAGCCCACACCCCUCCAAAGCCCCACCUUUAAGUCCUCUCUUCUCUAUUCCUGACCCUCCCUACCUGAGGCCUAUCUGAGACUAUAACUGUCAUCUAGCCCCUUCGAGGUUGCCCCUUCCCCAUCUCCAUUUCACACAGGUCCUGAAAGUCUGUGUCCAAUUAUGCACUGGCCACCCAACAGCACCAAUUGUACAUUCCCUGCAUCCAAUCUGCUCAGCAGGCCCUAAGAUGCCUUGA